UCCUCUCCUCCAACAAAUUGGAAGUUCCAGAGGGUGAUUUGAUACAGCUCAUUCUGUCCAUUGAUGAACAUUGUCCUUGGUUUCCUGCAGAUGGGACAUGGGAAUUAAAACAUUGGGAUAAGAUUGGAACACAUUUUCAUGGACACCCCAGCAUUGGUGUUCGGAUUUUAAAUGCAUGGUGCAAGGUUCGUUACGCCAUGGGCUCUUUAUCACCAAAAAAUAUCUCCAUGGCUGCAUUGCUAACAUCACCUCCGGCUUCUUUAAUUCAGCCUGCUGUGCUGCCAUCUGUUCCAAUACUCGCUUUGCCAGCAGCCCCAGACCCCAAACCUCCGGACUACAGUUCCUCACCAGAGGACCCAAUCCUGCAAAAAUACCGUGGUCUGGCUGGAAAUGACCCUACUCUCUCAGUGGCAGAACCAGCUACCCCUUUUCAACGUGCAGUUCUUGCCUGUUCCUUAAUUCAGGAUACUAUGGCAUUCCCUGUUAUUGUGCCCCCUGCUGGUGCCCCGGCAGGAACUCAAGCCCAACACCAACCUUUUGACUUUAAAAUCUUGAAAGAGCUACAAUUGUCAGUAAGGACAAAUGGACUUCAAGCCCCAUUUACACAGGCUCUUUUGGAAGCCACAUUAGCCCAGCUUUUGGUUCCAGAUGACAUCAAGCUUUUGGCACGUACAGUUUUACCCCCAUCAGCUGGUGUAUUGUUUGCCCAUGAAUGGGAAAUCGCCUGCCGUGCUUAUGCUCCAGCUUUAUUACAACAAGCAAGAGGGAAUAACCCUAAUCUUACUCUUGCAGACGUCAUGGAUGCCAUGAUGGGGCGUGGCCCCUUCGUUCAGUCUUCAGUGCAAGCCACACUGCUGCAGAUCUUAUUGAGGGAUACUGCUCUUGCUGCUAAACAAACAAUGAGAAAAAUCCCAGAACCCACCAGUAUUCAGUCUAGAUGGGGUUCAAUCAGACAAGAACAGUGGCCUCUACCAAAAGAAAAAUCCGCAGCAGCGGCACCAGCUUGUUUCUGAACAGCUUAUUUCUGAACAAUUGACUUUCGGCCACAUUGAACCAUCUUCAUCCCACUGGCCCCAGCAGACAGGAACGGUUUGCUUUUACAUUGCCAGUAUAUAACAAUUUGCAGCCCACCCAGUGAUAUCAGUGGGUUGUCCUGCCUCAAGGCAUGCGGAACUCCCCUACACUUUGUCAACAUUUUGUGAGUGAAGCAUUGAAACCUUUCCGCAUGCGCCACCUAGAGGUGCUGCACACAAGCUGCAUCUGGCAGUGUUUGCCUUCCUAACCAUUUGCCUUGCCAUCCUUUGCUGCACUGUUAUACAAGGAAGAGAAGCAGACGACCCAGUUCAGUUGAAACCACCAUAUUUCACCUUAUCGGCUGGCAAGCAGCUGUCGCCUGAAUCCUACUCUGGCUGGCAGUAUCCACGGCUCAGCCACUCUCGAACUAGAAGAACAGCGUUGUUGAAUAAGACUUUUAGGGGAGAAAAUUAUCAUAAGAUAUGGAGGAAUAAUAUUUUUGUACAAGAUAUUAUUAAGUUUACCAGUUUAUUGUAUGCUUCUAAAUGUUGGUUAUGUAUGCACAUGCCGCCUUUUGCCAGUCAUUCAGGCAUAAUGCUUCAUGGUGUGCCUGUCAAUGGAUCUUUUCAAUUUACUAAUAUUAUAUCCCCUAAGCAAACUUUUUGGCCUCCAGUACAAUUGACCCUCCAUGAGCCUGCCCCCAUUUGUUUUCAAAUUAAAGAGGGGAAAGAAUCAUGGGGCAUAUAUCCAAACUGUCAAUAUACAUUGAAAUUCAUGUUUAAUAGCUCUUGUUCUCUUACAGGAACAUACAGUGACCAAUCUCAGUGCUAUAGGAGCGAUACCAGUGCAUGGCUAAAAACUAGGAAAGAAACCUACCAUGCAAAUUGGAGUCUGAAUUCUUCUAUCCCUGGCUUAGCAAAUGCCACAGAUGAGCAAUUUCAUAUCAGUUCCUUAUUUACUGAAGCCUUUAAUUGGUCCCAACAGAGUAGUAAUAUCAGCUAUUUACUCCAAAGAGAGUUAUGGUUGCUUUGUGGCGAAAAAGCAUACAAAGCCAUUCCUCGAAACCUCACAGGCACAUGUACAUUGGGUCUCGUGGUUCCGUUGUUGUAUAAGGUUGAUAAGUUACCAUCUUCUCUUAGACUACGGAAUCGUCGGGAGGUUAAUUCACCCAUAAUCAAUAUAUCGGUACCCAGAUCUCUCGGGCCUUGCUGCCCUCAGUGGGUGCAGCAAUGAACUAUAGGGACCUCCAUCGGCUAGCAAAUUGGACUGAAGGAUUAUUCAAUGAUACCAUAAAAGCUUUGAAGAAACUCAACCAGGAGGUGUCUGCAAUGAGAGAAGUGGUUUUACAGAAUCGCUUUGCUUUGGAUGUGAUUUUAGCCUCAAAAGGAGGAGUUUGUGCACUUGUUCAUUCUCAUUGUUGUAUGUUUAUUCCUGAUAAUAAUGUCAGCAUAUCUGCGACGAUCGACCAUAUGGAAACCAUGGUAGCCCACAAUCCAUUUGCCCCCUCUCCUUCCGUUGAUCCAUGGGCAUGGUUAUAUUCUUGGCUUCCGGAUGGAAGUUGGCUUCAACAUUUAUUGAUUUUAGUGAUCAUUAUAGUAGUUAUUUGCAUUAUUUUGUGUUGCUGUAUACAAUGUCUUCCUUCUUUAAUUUCUAUAU